CCCAAGAUAAGAGAGAAAGAGAGAGCCACAUACUCCAAGGGAGAGGUGAAGAGAGAAGCUGGCCGCAGGACUCGUUUUCCAGAAAAUAGGGCUACUUGUUUGAUCCAUAACUUGAGCUUCACUCGUCCAAAUAAGGCGUAUGAUAUACCAAAAGAAAGCUCUCAAGACGAGGAAUCCGUGAAGGUCUGGUUUGCAUAAAUCGGAGUAGUGUAAGGCCUCCAAAUCGACCGAUCAAAACACGACCUCGCAGAAUACGUUUUUGUAUUCAAAGUUAGGGAACGAAUUCGUCGGGAAACACCCGUUCUAGGGACUGUUUUUGCAUUUUCGGUUAGGAGUUGAACUAGCACUUUGAAGGGGCUGUUUAACACUCCAUUCCAAGCAAGGAAUCAGUUCCAAAUCCACCUUGACCAAAGCUUUGACCAUUGGACCAAGAAGGGAAAGUUUAAAGCUCAAUUGAGGUUGAGGCUAGAGCUUGCUUCCUGUGCUCGUUGCCCGAGUGAUUUCCCCGGAGAGAAGACUUGGUUCGUGCUUCCUCCAUUCUGUUUUAGAACAUUAAUAAACAUGCUCAUGGAUAUUUUACUUUAGAGCCUGCGUGCUCAUGUUUGCCCUGUGUGGCCCUUUUGUUUUAAACAAUGUUUUCCGCUGCGUAUUCAAUUGUUUAUUAUGUAUGUUUAUGGAUGACUUAUGUGUGAAUGAUAUUCAUGACGCCUUGUAUAAUAUGAAUGUGUUGGACUGCGGUUGACUAUUCGUAUUGUGCGGCGGGUUGUUGACGUGUCCGGGAAGGUCCGGGGCGUGACAAUUAAGUUGGUAUCAGAGCCUUAGUCCAUAAACUUCAUAAUGAAGUCUCAAAAUUCUCUUUUUGGAAAGAUUUUGAAAACCAUGAGCAUAGAAGUUUUGUACUUGGAGAGCUUUUGGUACUUGGGUUGCAAGGUCUCUAAUUGUUAAGAUGGUACCCUUAGCAAUUGGUAUGGCGGUGACUCGAGCCAAAAUGUGUCUUAAGUACCUAUCCGUCAAUUGACAUUUGAUACGAGUCUAACGACUCUUUCCAAAUUUCUUUCAGAAAUGGACCGUGGUGGCAAGGUAACUAGGAGGAACCCUUUGGGCCGUGCACCCGAGGAGACUGGGCAAGGCAGUCGUAGGACCUCUAGGGCAUCUGGAGGAGCGGGCCGUGGAGGCCAAUCACGGACCGUGAGUGACGGUCAUGUGAGCACCGAAAGUGACAGCUACUGGUCCUAUGAGGACUCGACCUAUCGGCCGGAAACAGAGCCGGUUGAAACCCCUUAUGAAGGGGAUGAUGAUGAUGUAAGUGAUGAGGAGGACAACGGCUCCUUAGCGCGGAUUGAGGCACUACUCCAACAAUAUCACCGUGAGCGUGAAGAGAGGAGGGAACGCCGAAGGCGCCGGGCUGGGCAACCUUCGGGCAUGGCUUCACGAGGAGGAAGUCAUGGUGCAUCUAGAGUCCAUGUGGAACCACGUGGAGGCCAAAAUGAUGGAGGUCCAACCAUAAGGAUCUCCAAAUACAUCAAAGAAGCAAGAGAUUUGGGGUGCAAACCCUUUGAUGGAGCAGGGGACAUUUCAGUGGCAGCACAAUGGAUCAAGAGGCUAAAUGAAGCGGCCCUUGACAUGCAAAUCGCGCCGAAUCUCAAACUGAGAAUUGCGGUAAGAUUGCUCGAGGGGAUGGCAUCCAAGUGGUGGGAUGGAACCAAGAACAAGUACGGUGAGACCGUCGUUUGGGAGGACUUCCAACGGGAGUUCUUUGCCCAAUACUAUUCUGAUUUCGAGGUGAAUAAGAAGGUGAGGGAAUACACCCUCCUAACCCAAGGGGGUAACAUGUCAGUGAAGGAGCUUGAGUACAAGUUCCGGGAUCUCGCCGACUACAUACCGGAGUAUGCUUGUGACGAGAACCGCAUGGUGAACCACUUUUGGGACGCCCUUGACUUGGAGAUACGUGAUAGGGCAACACAAUUGCCAAAUAUGACCUUCGCCCAAGUGGUUGACCAAGCGUUGAAGGGGGAGAAACAGUGGGAGGAGAGGAAGAAGAGAGACGCCGAGGAGGCGAAAAAGAGAAAAUGGGAGAGUCAUGGCUCCCAAGGUCCCAACAAAAAGGGGAACCAUGGAGGAGGAUCUUUCCGGGCACCGCCGCCACCGUCUAGGGGGAAUCAAGGCCCGAGUGGGCAAGGCUCGAGGUCACAAACCUCGGUGGUAACUCGUUGCAACAAUUGCAAGAGGAACCACUCCGGUAAAUGUCGCGACCCCCCUAGAUGCUUUCAAUGUGGGGAUGCCGGGCAUUUGAAGGCGCAUUGCCCACAAUUGGGUGGGACAAGGACAUCGGGACCGAGCAGUGGCCCGACGGGUACACGGAAUCAAACCGGAGCUUCUCAAGCGAGCCGGGGACAUGGGGGAGCGAGUGCGAGCAACGCGCCAUCCGUGAAUCAAGGAAGAACUCAAGCUAGAGUUUAUGCGAUGACGGAGGCGGAUGCUCGAGCCAACCCGGACUCGGUUGCAGGUAUUGCCUCUUGCACAAUUGUAUUUUGUCCAUAGUUAAUCCAUAAAUUGAUGACAUAAGUCAUAGGGAUUGAGUGCGAGCCAUUACGGGGUCAAACGGCGAAAUUCGGGCCAGAACUGACCAAAAACAGGGACGCACGAUCGUGCGUCCAACCCCACGCACGAUCGUGCGUAGGGGGCAGUGGUUCCGGGUGAUGUUCGCGCAGGACGCACGACCGUGCGUGCCGGUACGCACGCCGUGCGUGGACGCACGAUCGUGCGUGUCCGGGUACGCGCGACCGUGCGUAACCGGCAGUAGCCGGAAGCGAAAUUUUUUCCAUGCACGCACGACCGUGCGUGUCCCACGCACGACCGUGCGUGGACCCCAGCCGCCCGAAACCUAAGUUUUUCCUCUCGUUCUUCUACGAUUGGACCCCCGUUUGAUUCCGAACAUCUAUAUGAACCUAUUAACCUCCAAAAAGUGUCCUAAACCAUUAGAAAAGGUAUCUUACAUGGUGUAUAAAUGUAGGAACAUUAAAGAUUAAUGGGAAGGAUGCACGAAUCCUUAUCGAUACCGGAGCGCAACGUUCAUUCGUGAGUGAGGCGUUUGCCGAGAGCUUAGAGAUGCAAUCAAUACCAAUGACACAAACCUUAGUGGUAUCAACCCCACUAGGGGAAGACGUUGAAAGAAACAAUUACUAUCCAUCUUGUAUGGUGGAAAUCGGUGGCCAAACCUUGACGUGUGAUUUCGUACCGCUGAGUAUGAUGGAGUUCGAUGCAAUCCUAGGGAUGGAUUGGCUAGAAAAGCAUCAUGCUAGGGUAGAUUGCUACACAAAGGUGUUGGAACUCGAAGGCACACAUGGGGACACCCUACGCUUUGAGGGGGACCGCGGCAAAUCAAAUAGUUGUAUCAUAUCCGCCGUGAGAGCGAGAAAUAUGAUGAGGAAGGGAUGCCACGCAUAUCUAGCAUACGUGGUUGACAAAACCAAAGAGGGAACGAACAUCGAUGAUGUGAGGGUGGUUUGUAAGUAUCCGGAUGUCUUCCCUAAAGACCUACCGGGGCUUCCACCUGACAGAGAGAUUGAAUUUGUGAUCGAGGUCGAGCCGGGUACCAAACCAAUCUCCAUACCGCCAUACCGGAUGGCACCCGCUGAACUUAACGAGUUAAAAACCCAAUUGCAAGAGCUUUUGGAUAGCGGUUUCAUCAGACCAAGCCACUCCCCAUGGGGGGCACCGGUCCUUUUUGUGAAAAAGAAGGAUGGAACACUUCGAAUGUGCAUUGACUAUCGUCAACUGAACAAGGUCACAAUCAAGAAUAGGUAUCCCUUGCCUAGGAUUGAUGACUUGUUUGAUCAACUACGAGGAGCAACCGUGUUUUCAAAGAUUGACUUGAGGUCGGGGUACCAUCAAUUGAAGAUUAAGGAGGAUGACAUACCGAAGAGUGCUUUCCGCACGAGAUAUGGGCAUUUUGAGUUCCUUGUUAUGUCGUUUGGGUUAACAAACGCCCCGGCGGCAUUCAUGGACUUAAUGAACCGAGUAUUUCACAAAUACUUGGACCGAUUCGUGAUUGUGUUCAUUGAUGACAUCUUGAUCUACUCAAAGAGUGAGGAAGAGCAUGAGGAGCACUUGAUACUUGUUCUUGAGACACUACGGGAGAAGCAACUCUAUGCCAAAUUUUCUAAAUGUGAAUUUUGGCUUAAGGAGAUUGGCUUUCUCGGGCACGUGGUUUCUGGAUCGGGAAUUGCUGUUGAUAACAAGAAGAUAGAAGCCAUUACCGAGUGGGAGAGGCCAAAGAACGUUAAGGAAAUUCGUAGUUUCCUUGGAUUGGCAGGCUACUACAGGAAGUUCGUGGAGAAGUUCUCUGUUUUGGCAUCACCAUUGACGAAGCUCACUCGUAAAGGAGCUAAGUUUGUAUGGGAUGACAAAUGUGAGAAGGGGUUCAUGGAACUAAAGAAACGGUUGACCGAGGCACCGGUACUUGCAUUACCCAAACAGGGUGUGGGGUACGAUGUCUAUAGUGACGCGAGCAUCCAGGGGUUUGGGUGUGUACUGAUGCAGGAAGGGAGGGUAAUUGCCUAUGCUUCACGACAGUUGAAGAAGCAUGAGGUAAAUUAUCCUACCCAUGAUUUGGAGCUGGGAGCGGUGGUGUUUGCACUGAAGAUUUGGAGACAUUAUCUCUACGGAGAGACAUGUCACAUAUAUACCGAUCAUAAGAGCUUGAAAUACGUGUUUACUCAGAAAGAGCUAAACAUGAGACAGAGACGGUGGAUGGAGUUGAUAAAAGACUACCAUCUGGUGAUAGAGUAUCACCCAGGCAAGGCUAACGUGGUGGCAGAUGCUUUGAGCCGGAAAAGCUCGUCUGGGCCAUUGCUAGCUAAUUUGAGGGCAUUAAGAGCCCAACUGGAGGUAUCCAGCGAUGGUGCCUUAUUGGCACGAUUUGAGGUGAGACCCACUUUACUUGAUGAGAUCAAGAAGGGUCAGGAAACCGACGAAGAAAUUAUGAAGAUCCGGGAACGCAUGCAAGCGGGACCGGUGGAGGACUUCCGAGAAAGAGAUGACGGUCUCUUAUUAUUUCGUGACCGAGUGUGUGUACCGGCAGAUGACGAGCUCCGAAAGUCCAUCUUAGAGGAAGCUCAUUCAUCGGCUUAUGCCAUGCACCCGGGGGGCACGAAGAUGUACCGUGACCUGAAGGAGAGUUACUGGUGGUCAGGUAUGAAGAGAGAAAUAGCCGAAUAUAUCAGUCGAUGCCUUACUUGUCAACAAGUUAAGGCAGAGCAUCAGCAUCCAGCGGGCUUAUUGCAACCACUUUCCAUUCCUGAAUGGAAGUGGGAACACGUGACUAUGGAUUUUGUGGUAGGGUUGCCACGGACGAUCAGGAAUUAUGAUGCAGUUUGGGUUGUUGUAGAUAGGCUCACAAAGAGUGCACACUUCUUACCUAUCAACACUACUUACCCACUCGAGAGGUUAGCCAAAUUGUACACGGAUGAGAUCGUGAGGCUACAUGGGGUUCCAGUGACCAUUGUAUCCGAUAGAGACCCACGAUUCACAUCACGUUUUUGGCCGAAAUUUCAGGAGUCUAUGGGAACGAGGUUGAAGUUCAGUACUGCUUUCCACCCACAGACGGACGGGCAGUCUGAAAGAGUCAUACAGAUCUUAGAAGACAUGCUGAGGGCUUGCGCAUUAGAGUUCCAAGGAAGUUGGGACAACCACUUAGCACUUGUGGAGUUUGCCUAUAACAACAGUUAUCAGGCAAGCAUCGGCAUGCCUCCAUACGAGGCAUUGUAUGGGAGGAGAUGCCGUACACCAUUAUGCUGGGAUGAGGUUGGCAUGGCCAAACUCGAGGGUACUGAGUUGGUUGAGGUCACCAAGUCAAAGGUGAAGUUGAUUCGAGAGAGACUCAAGGCGGCUCAGGAUAGGCAAAAGAGUUAUGCGGAUAAGCGUCGAAGGACCUUAGAGUUUAAGGUUGACGACGAGGUAUUCCUGAAAGUUUCUCCUUGGAAAGGAAUCAUUCGAUUCCAAACCCGAGGAAAGCUUAACCCACGAUAUAUAGGCCCAUUCAGAAUUAUAGAGAGGGUUGGGGCCGUAGCAUAUCGUCUACAGUUGACUCCUGAGUUGGAGAAGAUUCAUAAUGUAUUUCACGUGUCCAUGCUUAAGAAGUAUGUGCAUGAUCCUUCUCAUGUGUUGGAGAAGCCGCCCGUGGAGGUACGUGAAGAUUUGAACUAUGCCGUGCAACCGGUAAGAGUUAUUGACAGAAAAGUGAAGAAACUGAGGAGUAAAGAAGUUCCAAUGGUUAAAGUCCUUUGGAAGAGUGACCGGGUCGAAGAAGAGACUUGGGAAACAGAAGCCUUGAUGAGGAAGCAGUAUGCAUUCCUAUUUGAGUAAAGCUGUGAAUUUCGGGGACGAAAUUCCUGUUAAGGGGGGGUGAACUUGUGACACCGCUCCCGAAGGUCCUUGAAAAUUUGAUUUGAAUAUUCAAAGCUUAUGUAUUGGAUUUCUGAUUCCCAAACAUUUUGUAAAACGAUCAAUGUUCUACGUAGUGCAUGGUUGAAUAUCGUACUGUUCAAACUCGUACAUUAGUGUCGGGUUUCGCAAAUACUUACUCGGGACUUAUUAAUAAAUAAAAGAGUCCAACUUUAUCUAUAUAAGUGAUCGAAGGAUUAAAGAAGAAUACAAAUGCCUAUAACCCCAUCUUUGGCAUUUUUGAGCUAAAUAAUGGGAGUAGGAUUUUCCUUCUAUAACAUCCAUCAAGUAAAUUAUUGGGAUGAGCCUACACAUAUUGGAGGUCAAUAAUGUGAUUUAGGAAGUUGACUUGUUCUAAAUAAAUUAGGAUGAGUACAAAAAGACAUCUUUGACAAAGAUAAAACAAUAGGACCCAUCUUCCCAUUUUUUGGAAGUAUUGAUAGACAUUUUGGACCCCAAAUUGAAUGGGACCAUUUGGGGACCAUCCCACAUGACCUUGGUACCUGCAAAACAAAGGAAAAUGGGUGAGACAAAGAUGUGGGGCGGACUUUUGACUCAUGAACUACAACAUUACAAAAAGGAAAUAAAAGAGGAGGUCCACACCAUGUUUGAUUGCAAUCAAAUACCCUACCCUUCUUUUUGGUGAACCACAUGCUCUCUUAGCAUGAUUGAGGCCUCCUAAUACACUCCCCCUACACCCCAUUCGAACUCCCAAGAUAAGAGAGAAAGAGAGAGCCACAUACUCCAAGGGAGAGGUGAAGAGAGAAGCUGGCCGCAGGACUCGUUUUCCAGAAAAUAGGGCUACUUGUUUGAUCCAUAACUUGAGCUUCACUCGUCCAAAUAAGGCGUAUGAUAUACCAAAAGAAAGCUCUCAAGACGAGGAAUCCGUGAAGGUCUGGUUUGCAUAAAUCGGAGUAGUGUAAGGCCUCCAAAUCGACCGAUCAAAACACGACCUCGCAGAAUACGUUUUUGUAUUCAAAGUUAGGGAACGAAUUCGUCGGGAAACACCCGUUCUAGGGACUGUUUUUGCAUUUUCGGUUAGGAGUUGAACUAGCACUUUGAAGGGGCUGUUUAACACUCCAUUCCAAGCAAGGAAUCAGUUCCAAAUCCACCUUGACCAAAGCUUUGACCAUUGGACCAAGAAGGGAAAGUUUAAAGCUCAAUUGAGGUUGAGGCUAGAGCUUGCUUCCUGUGCUCGUUGCCCGAGUGAUUUCCCCGGAGAGAAGACUUGGUUCGUGCUUCCUCCAUUCUGUUUUAGAACAUUAAUAAACAUGCUCAUGGAUAUUUUACUUUAGAGCCUGCGUGCUCAUGUUUGCCCUGUGUGGCCCUUUUGUUUUAAACAAUGUUUUCC